AUGGCGUUCGACAACCAACCGCCGCUCCCUCUGCCCCACGGUCUUGGGCAGAAAAAUGGACCGAACGAAGGGGCCCCGGAACCAACCGUCCAACCCGGAAGAGGAACGGUCGGAACAGGACGCGACCGCCGUCCACCGCAACUGCUCAACGGGGACAACUUCGCAAUGAUUCCCGUAAGAUACCACCCAUACUCAACUGCGCGGAGAAGCCAGGUGGGACGGACCCUGCGCCCGUCUAACUGGGGAAGAAUUCGCUUGCCGACUUACCGGAAAGAUUUCUACCGUGAACAUACCAGGAAUUCGCAGAGAUCGCCUGAAGAAGUGGAAGCCUACCGGAUCGCCAACGAGAUAACCGUCAAGGGACUCGGCGCCCCCAAGCCCAUCCUGCAUGUCGACGAAGCGGGCCUCCCAGAAACGAUAACAAAGGCAAUCGAGAACCUCAACUCUGGCCACAAGCCGACCGCAUUGCAAGCUCAGUGCUGGCCCAUAGCGCUAAGCGGCAGAGACCUUGUGGCCUUUGAUUGCACAGCCUCGAAAGGGAAGUCACUGGCCUUCCUCGUACCAGCCGUCGUCCAUGCACAAAGCCAGCCGUCUGUACUCGACGAUGCCGGACCCACGGUGAUAGUGCUCACACUUACGCGGGAGGCGGCCCUGCAGGUUCAAGUUGCUGUUCAGGAGCUUAGCAAGGGAUUGGAGAUUCGAACGAUGUAUCUCUUGUCUGGCGAACCGAAGAAGCCGCAGCUGCAACUGCUGGAGGAAGGCGCUGACAUCUGCGUCGCGACUCCUGGCCGCCUCACAGCCUUCAUGGAGGAGGGAAAGGCAAAUCUGGGCCGUUGCACUUUCCUGGCUAUAGAUGAGGCGGACCGCAUGCUGGUGCUGGGGUUCGGCGAGAAGGUUCGGGCCAUCGCGGACAGCAUACGACCCGACCGACAGACGCUCGUGACGCUGACCGUCGGCACGGCAACUCAAGAGCAGCAGAUUCAGCGCGUGGAACACGUCGUCGUUGUUUGCGAGGAGGCCGAGAAGGAGGGCAAGCUCGUCGGCCUGCUGAAGGACAUUCUUAGCGACGAGAGCGACAGGGCAAUCGUAUUUGUCGAGAUGAAGGAAAGGGUAGAAGACCUCGUGUUGACCUUGCGCAGUCGCGGCUGUCCAGCCGUCGGCAUUCACGGCAACAAGACGGAGCAAGAACACCAGUGUGCUUUGGACGCGCUGCGGUCAGGCAAGGCGCCCGUCCUAGUAGCGACCGACGUGGCGACGAGGGCUCUGGAGCUGGACAACGUCCGCUACGUCGUCAGCUGCGACCACCCGAUACACUCGAGCGACUUGCUGCGCCGCUUCAGGCACGCUGCUCGGCCCGACGGGACGGGCAGGAUGUACACGUUCUUGAGGCCCGACGAACGCGAACAUGCCAAGGAGCUGAUGUGGUUCUUACAAGAAAACAAGCAGCCAUUGCCGCCACAGCUUCGUGAAGUCGCGGCGAAAAAGGCGACGCGACAGUAA